CAGCUCCUGAAGCCCCGGACUUCUCCCCUCCCCCGGCCCCUACUCGCCUUGCAGGAUCAGUUGCCCCCCUAAGACAGAUACACGCGUGCAUAAGGGUCCCCCUCCCCCUUCCUUGGUUGUGCAGAAACCUUUUUUUUUUUUUUUUAAAGUUGGGCUCUUUUUUUUGACUUUUUUUUUUUCCCCCUUUCCUUCUGUGCGUAAAAUGGAGGGAGCCAGCCCGAGGAUGGCUCUGCAGCCGCGGACGCCCGGCUCCGCAGCUCCCAGCCUUUAAGCGAAGCGAAGGGGGGCGGCCGGGGGGGGGAGCCCUGCGCCCGCUCGGCUCCGCUCGUCCCCCCCUCACCCGGUCCGCGCGGGGCCGCGCAGGGUGCGCGCCGCCGGGGGCCGGGUGGGAGCGCGGGGAGCCCCGCGGCGGCACCACCUGGGCUGGUGGGACGGAUCGUCGCCCGCGGCGCUUUCGCUGCCGCUUGUGAAGAUUUUUUUAUUUGCUUCCGCGCAAUCACGCCCACGGGCGCUGUGUGCGUGUGUUGGGUUGGCUUUUUUUUUUGUUUGUUUGGCUUUUUUUUUUCCUCCUUCUUCUGGUGGUGGAAAGCCCUAAUUACUGCGAUUGCUGAUGGACCUUGGAAAGAAGGCUGCACUGGUGCCCCGCUCCGCAGUCGGACACGCUCAGCCUGCGCCGGACAGCGCGGCCGCUCCGCCGCCCCCCGCCAGCUCCGCGGCCCCCGCGCUCCCCCGGCAGCCGCCGCCGCCGCCGUCCGCUGCCUGGGAGGGAGGAUACCGCCCGGCUCCUGCGAGCCAGGAUUUUACUUUCGCCUCGCCCUUUCCCCCCCUGCUCUGCUUGGAUUACUUGGCUGCUCUCGCUCGGUGAUCCCGCGGCGAUGGAGAAAUCCACUGCAGUAUUAAUCCAAGGAGGUGCUUUGGGGACAGUUGGCAGUACAAUGGCUUCUCAGUACCUCAUAGUGGCUCUGGCCAUCUUCUCCUCUUUUACCCAGGUUGUAAUAGAAGCCAGCUCUUGGUGGUCUUUAGGGAUGAACCCUAUGAACCCCAUGAACCCUGUUCAGAUGUCAGAGGUAUACAUAAUAGGAGCCCAGCCACUAUGUAGCCAGCUAGCAGGGCUUUCCCAAGGACAGAAGAAACUCUGCCAGUUGUAUCAGGACCAUAUGCAGUUCAUUGGAGAGGGUGCAAAGACCGGCAUUAAGGAAUGCCAGUAUCAGUUCAGACAUAGAAGAUGGAAUUGCAGCACUGUGGACAACAACUCUGUUUUUGGCAGAGUCAUGCAGAUAGGCAGCCGGGAGACGGCGUUCACCUAUGCGGUGAGCGCGGCUGGAGUGGUCAACGCCAUGAGCCGCGCCUGCAGGGAGGGCGAGCUUUCCUCCUGCGGCUGCAGCCGGGCUGCGCGGCCCAAGGACCUGCCCCGGGACUGGCUGUGGGGUGGCUGCGGGGACAACAUUGAGUAUGGAUACCGCUUCGCCAAGGAGUUCGUUGACGCCCGGGAGCGGGAGAGAGUUUACCAGAGAGGUUCCUACGAGAGUGCCCGGAUCAUGAUGAACCUGCACAACAACGAGGCCGGGAGGAGAACUGUGUACAACCUGGCUGAUGUGGCCUGUAAAUGCCACGGUGUCUCUGGCUCCUGUAGCCUGAAGACCUGUUGGCUGCAGCUUGCCGAUUUCCGCAAGGUAGGCGAUGCCCUGAAGGAGAAAUACGAUAGUGCUGCUGCCAUGAAACUCAACAGCCGGGGCAAGCUAGUGCAGGUGAACAGCCGCUUCAACGCACCCACUAUCCACGACCUUGUCUACAUCGAUCCCAGCCCCGACUACUGUGUGCGCAAUGAGAGCACUGGCUCCCUGGGUACCCAGGGCCGCCUUUGCAAUAAAACCUCGGAGGGCAUGGAUGGCUGUGAACUCAUGUGCUGCGGCCGGGGGUAUGACCAGUUCAAGACGGUACAGCGAGAGCGCUGCCACUGCAAGUUCCACUGGUGCUGCUAUGUUAAAUGCAAGUUGUGCACAGAGAUUGUGGACCAGUUUGUGUGCAAAUAGGAGAUGGACGAGGUGGGAGGAACUGUGGCCACCUGCCCGCAAGGGGUGCAGACCCCUCUCCCUUUCCACAGGACUAUCUCCGCUUUAUUUAUAGAGUCCAACGAGUUGUUGUCUUCUUUUAAGGAAAAGAAAAAAAAAAGAAAAAAAAAGGGCAGGGGAAAGGAAAAAUUAAAAAAAAAAAAAGAAAAAAAAAAAAGAAAAA